AUGAAAUAAUAAUAAAACCCAUCUAAAAUAGAGUAGCGCUUAGAACCUAUCAUAACAUAAAAUUGGGAAUUAUAAAAUAUUCUUGCUAAAACUUUAUUUAAAGAAUAAAUAAGUUUGUUAGGAAAUUAACUUGAUAAAAUAGAUUAGAAUAGUAAUCUUACUAAGGAUUAAAAAUAAUACUAAAAACAUUUAUAUUAGUAAUAACUAUUUAGAAAAUUAUAAUUGGUUGUUGAACCAAAAUCAAUUCCUCAUAUAAAUUAAAAUAUUGAAGCUUCAAAUCCUGAAUUGAUGCUCUAUGUUUUAAAAGAAUAACUAUUAAGAGAUUUAAAUAUAGAGGUUUUGAAAUCAAAUAAAAUAAAAUCAUUUGGAUUGGAUUAAGUUAUACGAAUUUUUUCUUAAGAUUAGUCUUGCUUUAAGAUUAGAAAUGAAUAACUUGAUUAUGAUAAAAUUAUGGAAGACAAAAAGUUAUUAGAAUUUCAUUUGGUAGAUUUUACUUAAAAAUUAUCAAGCUCACUAUAAAUUCCAAUCGAUUAAAUUGAAAUUUUAGGAGUAUCAAAGGGAAGUUUUGAAAUUAAUUUUUUAAUUAAAGGAAAAACUUAUGAUGAAAUUUAAUAAUUAAUAUAAAAUAUUCCAGCUGCAUAGGUAUAUUUACAUAAAUAUUGUAAUGGGAAAAUAGAAUAUUUAGCAUACUUUGAUUAAGCAAGAGUUGCUGAAGAAUAAUUAGCAAAAAGUUCUGGAAUAAUUCUUACUUCUGAUGAAUUUAAUCCUAAAUACAAUAUGAAGUGGAGUAAUUUUAAAGAAAAAGAAUAAAGAGGACCUCCUGAUCACAGAUAUGAUUAUUAUUUUCCAAGAGGUUGUUAUGGAUUUGGAUUAGAUAUUAAAAAACAUGGAGAAAAUUAAGAUUGGAUAUAAAUGGAUGGCAACCCUAAUGAAUGGAGAAUCAUGUAUCAUGGUACAAGGCAAAAAUUUGUCAAUUCUAUUGUUAAAAAUAAUUUAAUGGUUGGUGUGAAUAAUUUAUAUGCUAAUAACGAUUGUUAAGAUGAAUUUGGAAACAUGAUAAAAGUAGGAAAUGGAAUUUAUUUUUCAAAUGAUUUUAAUGUUUGCACUAGAGAUAGAUAUGCAAGUUACACUUAAGUUCUGGAUAAAUAGUUUGCGGUAAUAUUUAUGAUAAGAGUAAAUCCAAAAAAAAUUAGAUAAAGUUAGAAAAUGAAGUUAAAGAAUUAUUUUGUUGUUAAUGAGUCAAAAGAUGUGAGACCAUAUAGAAUUUUACUCCAUGAAAAAAAAAGGGAUUUAUAAUUCUCUUUCUUUUUUAUUUUUCAAAUGAAAUAUUAUUCCUAAAAGCUUAAAUAUAAUUAAUUAAGAUUUUUAAGUUAAGUAAAAUAUUAAAAAAAGUGUAAAACAUUAUAUUUAUAUCUAGUAGAAGUAAAUAAGCUUAUUCUAACUUGUUAAGAUUUAAUAUUAUGUUGUAAUUUCAGAUAUUUGUAUAAGUAAUUUUAUCCAAGAUCUCAAUUUUAUUGCAUAUUUUAUCUUUCUUGA